UUACAACUUUUCAUAAAUGUUGAACUAUGCGCCACCCAUACGUUGUUAUAGUAUUUAAAUGGAAGAAUGAUUUGGUUUUUGUUCUUCAGGUUGGUUGGUUCUUAGUUUGAUUUCUAUCGAAUAAUCUCAGAAGCAAUUCGCAGUUAUUCAUAUCUUACGCAUCAAGUUUUCGAAGAAUAUCACAAGGAAUUCUAUGCCAUGCGUUGGAAUUCAACUCCGAUUUUGAUGUUAUUUAUCCUCCUUAUCUUCCAUCUUCCUUUUCCUGCAAUUUCUUGAUUUGGUUUAUUGAACAAAAUUCGAUCCUCUGUUUGGAAGGCGAGAAAAUUGAAAAACGCGACGGAGACUCAUUGUAAUUGGGGUUGUUUCUUUGUUCAAUCUGUAAAUGAACGAUCCCAGAAUCGAUUCCGAGCAAGAAAUCCGACGAAACCUUGGAGUGAUUGCUGAUUGUUACUCUGGUUUCGAGUAUCGAAAGUUUAGGGCACAGCAGCCGUGGAGUAUGGGAACUUGCGUUCAUCUCCCCGGGGCGAUGGGUGAAGAAGAAGAAUCUUCAGAACAGCAAGAUUUUGGAUCGUCUAAAUCCAGCUCCACUAUCAUCAACCUAUUCGAAUCUCCUGCUUCGGCUUUCUUCGCGACGGAGCAAUGUAUGGGGUUUCCUCCGGUUGAGUUUCAGCCUGGUUCUUCGUCUUUCGACAAGACUUCUUCCACGAUUUUCCAAUCUUCCGGCCGGAACUUCUGUCUCGAAUCGGCGGAGCACAGCGACACAGAUUCCGAAUUCGGAAACACCUUGCAAUCGGUCGUGAAAUCGCAACUCUGUAAGAGAAGCUUCAAUGGCUUCCCGAAGAGCAUUUUCCAUGACCACAAGGUGUUUGAUAAUAGUUUCCCCUCAAUCGCGAAGCACUGCCAAGCUCCUUUCCACGACCAAGGAGGCUUUUAUAAUCCAACCAGUUAUUCAAUGGCACAGCCAAGUUUCUGCUCCCAACAAGAGAUGAACUCUCCAAGUUUCUCUUACUUGGGUGCCUCUGUUGGCUCUGGAAGCUCUUCUUCCUCCAGCGGGAAUGGAUUCACCACCAAAACAAGAAUCAGAUGGACGCAAGAUCUCCAUGAGAAGUUUGUUGACUGUGUUAAUCGCCUUGGUGGUGCUGAGAAGGCGACGCCUAAAGCAAUUCUGAAGCUGAUGGAUUCAGAGGGAUUGACCAUAUUUCAUGUGAAGAGCCAUUUGCAGAAAUAUCGGAUUGCAAAAUACAUGCCAGAAUCUGCAGAAAUGUUUUGCAAUGCAGGGAAAUCUGAUAGAAGAAACGGCCUGGAUGAAGUUGCCCAACUGGACAUGAAAACUGGCAUGCAAAUUAGAGAAGCACUGCAACUGCAGCUAGAUGUUCAGAGGCGUCUUCAUGAACAACUAGAGAUUCAGAGGAAGCUACAGUUGCAAAUUGAAGAACAGGGGAAAAAACUUAAGAUGAUGUUUGACCAACAACAGGAAACUAACAAAUGCUUCUUCAGAACCAAUGGCUUCAACAAGCCAAUUCCGAACAGCCCGUUGCGUAAUCUCGACGAUCCUCCGAUCUCGACAGCCGAAAGCAUCAGAAAUGCCCAAUUCCCAUCCAAUAAAAGCUAGCCCCUGUAUAUAAACACACUCAUCGGGAGCUCACUAUGGCCAUUGCAGACUGAGGAGCCUCUUCUUCUGCAGAAACCAAAACAAAAAGAAAAAUGGUAAAUAUUACAGAGUCUUGUUGAAUAUAGAAACUUUUGGAAAUUGGGUUCACGAACUACGCGUGUGUGUGGGGACAAGUUUUAGUUGCGUUAAUUGUUCAAGUUUGAGUACAACAUGUGGGGGUGGGAGAUCGAACUCACAACUUCUUGGUUGGAGACAUAUACCAAUUACACCGCUGAGCCAUGUUCGCUUUGACAUUGUCAGUUCAAGUUGAAAGGCUUUGAAAUUUUUUUUGUCAUUAUUUAGGAUUUCUUUUUACUUUCAUGAGGAAUUGACCAAUGGUAAAAGAGUUCGAGUGUGUUUCGGAAUACUUCUUAACUAUGAUAAAAGCACACUCGAAUAGUUAAAAAUA